AUGACAUCAAAGACAUCGAAAUAUCCGCAAAAUCAAACUCGCCCAAAACCGGCCAGACAAUUGCAGGACAAUAAAAACGCCGGGAAUGGCAGUAGGAAGAAACGUUUGGAGCUGAGACGAUGCGGUGAAGAUGCUGAUGAUGACAGGGAUGAUGAUGAUGAUGAUGAUGAUGAUGAUGAUGAUGAUGAUGAUGAUGAUGAUGAUGAUGAUGAUGAUGAUGAUGANUGA